AAGCUUCCUGACACUGGCAGAUGCAAGAAUCUUACCUUCCAUGACUGGCUGAUGGUGUUUGCAUACAUCAACACACAUCCAGACUUACCCCAGGAUCGUGUGGUUCAGCAUUCCAAGACACAUGAAGGGGGGCCACUUGAAUUUACUCAGGCAACCUUAUCACGAAAAUUAAAGGACUGCACGCACCUUGAGCAACACAUCGAGUCAUACCCUGCUGCUCUCUCAAGCAAACAGCCAUGCAUUGUUACCCACCUGGAUGUCAAAGAAGCACUUGUAGAAUGGAUUGCAAGCAUGGAGCAGAAGGGUCAGAGUUACACCAGGGCAAUGCUCUUGGAGAAGCGACAGAAGCUGGAAGAGAAAUUUGGUGUUCUGGAGGCCGUGUGGCUAAUUAAUGAUGGGUGGAUAGCUCCGUUCUGCAAAGCAUACACCAUCAAAGAAUACCAGUGUCAUGGUGAGGCUGGGUCAGUGGAUAUAGAAGCAGUGAAACAUGAAUGGUUGUGGGUGGGACGUAUUCUGUCAACUUUCCCAGUGCGAGACCGUUGGAACUUUGAUGAAUCAAGUCUGUUUGCAAUGUUGACUCUUAGGUUUGCUACAAAUGCAGAUGGAAGUGAGAAGCUCCCACUUUUCUUCAUUGAACAUUUUGGUGAUCGUUAUGUUGAAGAGGACUGGACAGGUGCCCUCAAAGCUGUCAUGGACAUGGAGGGAGACAACAUCAAAGCAGCUGAGGCUGUCAAGAAACUUGCAUCAGCUGCAUGUCGACAAACUGGACUUGUUGUCAAAAUUCAACCUCUCACAAAGGCACCUCAGCUCGAAACUCUCAAACAUGAAUUGAUGGAGACUGUAGAGGAGCUUACAACAUGA